AUGUCUGGCACCAUUUUAGAGCAGUUUAGAGGCAUACAAGGCACCAUAGAUAGAAAACUUCUCCAUACACAGCUAAGACAGGAUUCGGAAGAGUACCAAAAGUUGCUGACCGGGACAAUACAAGAGCUCCUUGAUUUGAAGUCCAAAGUUUACCAUAAAUUAUCAUUAUUCAGCUCCAAUGAAACUGUUGAAGACAUUGCUACGAGCUCGUUGCUAUACCUUUCCUUAGACUAUUAUCUUGGGCUGCUAUGCUCACGUAAGCAAGCAACAUCUAACCAAUUAGCAAACCCAAUGGACAAAAACAAGAUGAGGAUAAUGUUUUUGGACAAAGCAAUCCAAUUAUUUAUGCAAUAUCUGAGCACUUUACAGGACAAUGAAAUCCUCGAUGAGAGCAUUAGUAAGAAAAUCGACGGUUUUGAGAACACCUUCAUGCCAACCAUGGAUGAAUUAUACGCGGUGCCAAAGCACAAGGAAGACUUGUCUGGCGCACAGUUGAGACGUCAGGAGAAGAUUGAAAUGCAUAAACAGAACACUGCUGUUGCUCAGCAGCUUAGAAUAUUAGAAGGGAAAGUUAGUGAGGACCAAGAAAACGAUGACGACGAGCUCUUACGGAAGUUAUACCUACAAAAACUAAAGCUUUUAAGUUACGAAACCUUUGAUGAGAUAGAAAAAAUUCUUUAUGAGAAGGAGCUUCUGUCAAACUUUGUCAGGAUGGCACCACAGAGCGACAACGAGCCACACUUGGCGGGUAAUGAUCAAAGUAAAAGCAGCAAUGACGACCCUACUGGAUACACCGACAAGUUAGAGACACUGAACAAACCAUUAUUAUCCAAGCAUGGUAAAGUACUGCGUAAUUUCACUCUGGUAGAUAAGAGGUCUGAGUUAAAAAGCAAAGUUAAGGGCUAUGGUCAAUAUGGUCCGACCAUGUCAGUGGAAGAGUUCCUAGAACAAGAAUGGGAACAAGGUAGAGUUUUGCAAGGUGGUGAAGAACCCACGAAGGAAGAGAUAGAAGCUCUUAACGAGGACAAUAUGGAGUGGCAAGACAAGGAGACAUACAAGGCAAGAGAGUGGGACGAGUUCAAGGAGGAGAAUCCUAAAGGUAGCGGUAACACUAUGAACAGAGGUUAA